CUCCCCGCUCGCCGCGCCGCCGUCGCCGAGGGCGGGAAGAAUAAAACAUUCAAUCAUGGGUAAGAGGAAAUCCAGAGCAAAACCACCUCCCAAGAAGAGAAUGGACAAGCUUGAUACUGUGUUUUGCUGUCCGUUCUGCAACCAUGGCAGUAGCGUCGAGUGUCGCAUUGAUUUAAAGAAUUUAAUUGGCGAGGCCUCAUGCAGAAUUUGUUUGGAAAGUUUUAGCACAACUGUUAAUGCUCUGACCGAACCCAUCGACAUAUACAGCGAGUGGAUCGAUGAAUGCGAGCGCGUGAACAACCUCGAGGAGGACAACACCACCAACCGUUAUGAGGAGGAGAAGGAGGAGGAGGACGACAACAACAACAACCGUUCUGAAGAAGAAUAGUGGUGUGUGGCACCUGUUCCAUAGCACAAGUUGCCUGAAUGCCGUGCAAAGAAGGCAGUGUUGAUGUAGUGAAGCCAAGUGGGGAAAUAUGUAGCUGUUAACCAUGCCAGUGAACCUUACCUUACAAUGGGGCAUACCUAAAAUAGUCUACAAUAGUAGUAGUUUCUGAGAGUAGUGGUAGCUUUGGGAGUCUUGCUGUGUUUGAUAGUGGUGCAGACAGUGUAACAGAGUUGGAUCGUGGUGCAUCAGCCUGUACUGUCCAUUUAGCCUGUGGACUGUCGUCGUCGUCGUGCCUGUACAAAGCUCUAGUAUUUGCAGUAUCUUGGUCCGGCCGUGUGCAGGCCAAAUGGCCAAUGGCAUGUACAAAUACAGUAAUGCUGCUUGCACUUUGCAGCGAGGAUUUGUAGCAGGCACUGUACAGAAUCCAUACCCAUUGUGUC